AUGAUUCAACGUGUUGAAAAGAUUAUAGGAGCAAAGUACAGUGGUGGUAACAUCUUGUUGAACAAUGGCCUGCUUUAUUUCAGUGUAGGAAAGUAUAUUUCCAUAUAUGAUCACGUGAAUUUACGCUCAGAAGUGUUGCAAACUUCGAACUCUACAAAUAUUUCAAUUUUGUCCACGAGCUCUUGUGGUAAAUUCCUCUUGAUUGUGGAUUUCCUUGGUAGUAUUUUUAUUCUGAACCUUCAAAAGAAAACGACGAUCACGAAAAUAAGCACCAGGGAGCGUGUUCUUGAUGCUAAAUUUAGCACCGGAUCUAAGUUUUUUGCUGUAGUCAAACAAGGUAAAGUUGACAUUUGGUCAUUGCAACUUGUUGGGUUGAGUUUUCAGAAAGUCAGUCUAUUCAAAACUUUUGCAAUUCCGUUUUUUCAUACAGAAAAUAAUCGUAGCCUAAGCUGGAGUUCAGAUGAUAGUUGCAUUGUUUUAGGCUGUGAAGAUUACACUUGUAGAAUUUUUGAACUGCGAAAUCAAGCUGGCGAGGAUAAAGCUGAAGUUCUGAUUGGCCAAAAGGAAUAUAUAAUAGACACCCAUAUGAGUAAUGACAUGUCAACUACCUAUUGUGUUACAAGGAACGGAACGUUGGGAACGUGGCAAAAAAUAAAGGGAAAAUGGAGAAUGGAAGAAGUUAAAAAAUUAAAUUCCGUUUCGCUCGCAUCAUCUUCAUGCUUCAAUAGAAAGAACGCACUUUUAGUUGUUGGUUUUGGCAGCUUUUUCCUACUUUAUGAUAUUCACCUCCACAUGCAGCUUCAGAAAAUUGCACUCGAUCAUCUUAGCCUAAGUUCUUGCAAUUUUAGUGGCAAUGGUGAAGUCAUAUUGUUUGGUUCUGACCGAAAUGGACGAAUAUCUCUAUGGGAAUGGAAGAAGGAGUUGAUGAUAUUCACCUAUGAGGGCCAUCAGCAAAAUAUCCGAACUUGUGCUUUUUCGAGAGAUGGUUCUUUGAUUGCUACUGGGUCGGCAGAUUGUAAUGUGAAGGUUUGGAAUCAUAAUUCUGGAGAUUGCGUUUCGACAUUCUCUGACCAUUUAAUGCCAGUAACGGCAGUUACUUUUACAACUGCAAAUCAUAUCGUCAUUUCUGCAAGUCUUGAUGGAACAGUUCGAGCUUUUGACCUUAUUCGUCAUCGUAACUUCAGAAUUCUUGUUGGGGAUGAAUCUGGACAAUAUAGUUGCCUCGCUGUCGAUAGUAGCGGCGAUAUGAUAUGUGCCGGGACGUGUGACACCAGUAAGAUAUUUCUAUGGUCGCUAAAAUCAGGAAGGCUUCUUGAUGUGUUUGUUGGGCAUGUAGCACCAGUCUCAGGUCUACAUUUCAACCACUCAAACUCUACAUUAAUUUCUGGUUCAUGGGACAAAAGUAUUCGAUUUUGGGAUAUUUAUGAUGGGAGAAAAAAAGAAACGGAAGUGAUUUCACUUUUAAGUGAUGUUACCUGUCUCGAUUUGAAUUCUUACAAUUCACAUUUGGCCGUUUCAAGUAUUGAUGGGAACGUCUCUAUUAUUUGCUCGAGGACAAUGGAAAUAAUUUCUUCAUUUGAUGCAUCCCAAGACAUAAAUGGAACUCAAGAAGAUCAUUAUGAUACAAAUAUACACACACUCGCUUAUAAUAUGGAUGGUGAACUACUUUUGGCUUGCUCUUAUUUUCAUAUGUAUACGUUCGAAAGUAAGGGUUACACACUCUUAAGACGUUUCGCUGCGGGGAAUUGGAUUCAAAUGGAAAAUUUAUGCAGCAGCACUUCUCAACUCAUAUUUUCAGCCAAGUGCUCCCCAGUGAAGCAAUGCUGGGCUGCUUCUACCUCAAAUGGUCUAUAUUUAUUUGCAGAAGAGAAUUUUCGGAAAGCUUUGUUUGAAGUAGCUAAACAGAGUAAAUGCAACAAUGUGAUUGAGAUGAUAGCAACAGGUUCAUAUUAUGAAGCUGUAUCAACUGCACUCGGGCUCAAAUUAGACUUUCGCGUAUUGCAAUCGAUUUUGUAUAGUAUUCCGCAGAGAAGUGUAGGAAAUGUUAUCAAAAUGUUAUCUCAAGAACACCUUGUGUUACUUUUGGAAGUGCUUCAAUCUUGUCUGGCUGGGAGUAAACACUUGACAAUUACUCUUAGUUGGCUUCAUAGAAUCUGCCUCACUCGAUGCGAAGUCAAGUGUCAGAUUUACACCAUAUGGAGAGUUGGAAUAUAA